AUGCAGCGGGUGAUGGUGACACGAUUGCGAAUGCUACCGCGCCCUGUGCAUGAGGCAGCCCAUGGCUCUAUGACUUGUAGGUUUUCUACCAAGACAACGGAUUUUGCUGAUAUUAUAUACGGUCAGGACACAGGCGUGCGCACCGUACAGUUUAACCGUCCAGAGAAACUCAAUGCGCUCACACUCCCUAUGGCGCAGCACUUGACGCAGCGGCUCCACAAGAUCGAAAGUAAUAACACUGUGAACGCUAUAGUGUUUUCUGGAAAUGGAGGCAAAGCCUUUUGCGCUGGAGGAGACAUCCGUGCCCUGGCGGAUAACGGUAAAGAUCCAGCGACGCGUCACGUAGCGCUUGAUUUUUUCCGCCACGAAUACCGUCUGAACUAUCUUUUAGCAACUACUGAGAAGCCUAUUAUCUCUUUCCUCAAUGGAGUCACCAUGGGAGGAGGUGUGGGAUUAUCCAUGCAUGGCAAAUUUGUAGUAGCCACUGAAAAGACACUGUUCGCGAUGCCAGAGACAGCGAUUGGUUUUUUUCCUGACGUGGGAGCCUCAUAUCUUCUACCAAGACUUGGACGCCGCCUUACUGAAGGCGAGGACUAUGUGGCUGACGUAUCCAAGUCACAGGCUCUUAAGGGCCAAGGUCUAGGAACGCACCUCGCAUUGACGGGCGAGCGUCUACAGGGCCACGAGGUGAUUGGUCUUGGACUCGCCACACAUUACCUGCCGACAAGUGAGUAUGAGACGUUAGUGCACCACCUAACGGGUCUAGAGUUUGCCAAACAUGUGACACAAGAGGAGCGUGAUGAGAUGAUUCACGAAGCUCUGGAGGAACUUGAGACUGACGAGGCCUUUCAAGAGAUUGACCCGGAGUAUCUCCAGACGGUUGAAUCGGUGUUCGGCGCUCAUAAUGAGGACGACACAGUGGAAGGAAUUUUCAAGCGUUUAGAGAAAUUGAAUACGAAGUGGUCGAACGAGACGCUAGCAACGCUCAAAAAGAUGUCGCCGUUGAGCCUAAAGGUCACGCUAGAGCAGAUGAGACAGGGAGCCGUGAAGACGUACGCGGAGUGCUUCCAGAUGGAGUACCGGGUGGCUACGCGUAUGAUGGAGAAUCCGGACUUCUUCGAGGGCGUCCGUUCCGUUGUCGUGGAUAAGGACCGUAACCCAAAAUGGACAAAGCGCGACAUUACCAAGGUGACGGCUAAGGAGGUGGAGGCAUUUUUCAAGCCACUGGAUAAGGACCAAGAGCUGAUAUUGUAUCCUUCCGCGACGGCAACAACAGAGAAGAAGGAAUAG